ACAUUUUAAAUAGAUUUUCUAUAACUGUACUUAUCACGGUUGUUCUGAAAGCUGUAAAGAGAAGCACUGUCUGAAUGAUAUGAUUUUUUGGUUUGAAUUCAGUGGAUUUUAUCACAUUUUCUGGGAUUUUUGCUCUGCAUAUUUAAACUUCUUCAAUUCAUGCGCAUACAUGUGUUUGUAAAUGUAUUUUGAUUUGCAAUUGCUUUGGAAAGCAGUGAGGGGAUGAUGAUUUGUUAUGAAAAAUAAUAAUCUGCAGCCGUCUCCUUACAGGAAUAUUAUAAUUGGACGUGGCGUGGCUGGAGUGCACGUAAAUUAGAUGCUACUUGGUGUGUAAUUAAUUGGCUUGUGAGACUCCCAGUGCUUCAGCCAGCUGAUCUCACAAACUAAACCAACCACAGCCGACGGAUGUACUGAGCAGUGCACUUGAACCUGGUUGUAUAGAGGGUAUGGUCCUCCGCUUAAUGCAAGAUUCAGACGGAGUGUGUCAGGCUGGCGUGAGCGUGAAAUUGUGCAAGCCUUUAUAUGAGGACAAAUGAGAUACAGUCUGUCGACUCGAUAGUGGAUACACGUGCAUGCUGCGGGAUGGAAACGCAUGAAUCUUAAACCUGCGAGAUGUAGUUUGUGGAUAAACCAAUCGAAAGGAAUAUCUUCCGUCAUUGUUUAUUAUUCGAUGUGGAUUAUGAACUCAUCUCGCUACAUCCAGUACAUGUGUCAGCAUCAGUUGAUUAGAUGCUUGUUGUACAUGUAUGUAUUGAUUCAUCACUCAAAUAUUCAGACGGAGCGCUUGCACAUCCUCCGGCACGGAUGCUUAAUGAAUCCAGCUGCUCGCGUCUCUCUCUCCUCCUGUCCUAGAUUAUGAUGGAAGUGUGCCUCCACUAUCCAUCUAACAUGUAAACUUGAUUUGCUCUCUGACACUGUGACAUUUGUAUGAUUGAAGGGCAGUCAGAGGGUCUUGGUUGUGACCUUGAUGCAAGGAGGGGGCAGCGGCGGAAGGAAGCGAUGACGUGGAACUGAUCUUCGGCUAUCUACAUUAGAUGGCAACUUGUUUUGAUCUGUACAGGUUUAUAAUGCUCUGUUGUUAUCCGUUGUCUUACUGAUGUAUAUCACUGGAAUCAAGUUUGUGUGCAUAAAAAGAUCCACUCAUUCAACCUGGACUUCAAGCAGGAUCCUUCAAAAUUUAAGCCUUUAGACAUCUUAUCAACGACAGCGAAUGUUAUCCGAUUUCCUUCAAUGUCGACUUGAAUCCUGUUGAUAUUUUUUGCAUUGUUGUUGAUUGUUUUUUUGUCGCUUGACUGUUAAGAGCUUUGUUCAGCUUGCGAAAUUCUAAUCUUGAUAGCAGAGGUUCAUGGUACCACUGUUGGUAUUUCUGUUGAAUCACUGUAGAUUUGUGAUUUUUUAACAGAAUUACAUCUACUUCAUGUACACAGGUUUAAAUGUGUUGUAGCUCAAGGACAUUUUUAUGUAGUUCCUCUUUUUGCUCCCAUGCACCCGGAAAGAUAUCAUUGAGUUUUUUGCAAUGUAUUGGCUCUCAAGUGUUUAAUUACCUCAAAAUCUAGUUUCACAUCGUUUGAAGCUAAGCCUUUGGCUGUACAGAAAUAACGGAGUCUGCACAGCUGUAAUUUUACAUACAUGAAUUAGACCUGCUUGAGACCAUUGACUGAAAGGAAUCUACAUGUGUAUGGCUGAUUAAGGACAAUUUACAAAACAAGGAAGUGAUUAUCUAAAGAGGAAAUGUUGUAUGAAUAUUUGAAUUGAGAAAUACUGUUUUAAUAUCUCACAGGAAAUAGUUUAAGGAGGAAGGAGGAUUCCCUUUUAGAGGUGAUUUUCUUGCUGUCUUUAUGAUCGAGAAAUAAUUGAUUUCCUUUUAUUUGACGAUACACAUGAAUUGGGAUGAUUUGUUUGAUUGUUCAGAAGUUAGAAGGCAAUGGCAGCAACAUUUGAAAAAUGAAGAUGAUCUUUUGAGAUGAAUUCAUUGUACUUCUCUUAAAAAUGGAAACCCAUUUUGACAUCAAAUUUGACUUCGCAAGAUUUUUAUCAACUCGGUGAAUGAACUGAAGUGGAGCCACUUUGAACAAACUCCUUUGAAAGAACAGUAUUACCUUUAAUACCUUUGGGCAUCUUUAUAAUCUGUGCACACAUGCACUUGUGCAGUGUAUGUCCUCACAGCAUUGUUUGAUCAUAAACUGUGAGCCAAUUACCGUUUAUCGUGACUGUCUUUGACCUAAAUCAGGAAGCACUUUAGGGACUGUUUUUCCAUACCUCGGUCCCAUCUUCUUGAUCAGUACCGCAAACAUGGCGUGUGAAUUCCACAUAUCAGGGAGCGAGUCCUCAUGCAGCCUGCGCUUAGAGCAGCCACGGCCAACAAACAACAGAACAUCGCAACUCUUAGCGCUUCUCAGAGACUUGGUGCUCAAGCGAUGGGAGGUGCUGUAUGCUUGGCAGAUUUAUCAACAGCAACAAUUGCAAGCGUAUGUGGCAUGGGUGAACUCCCAGCUGAAGAAGAGAGCAGGAUGUAGAAUGGUGGAGGAUCUCAGGAGGGACAUGCAGGAUGGCGUGGCCCUUGUUCAUCUUGUGGAAAUAGUUUCUGGAGAAGCCCUGUCUCGUGUUGACUACAACCCGACAUCGGCAACAGUGAUGAGGGAGAAUGUUGAACGUGUCCUCCAAUUCAUGGCAUCGAAGAGAAUACGCAUGCAUCAUACCUCGGCUAAAGAUAUUGUUGAUGGUAACCUAAAAUCCAUAAUGAGAUUGAUCCUCGCGUUAGCGGCUCAUUACAAACCAAGCAGCGUGAAACAAGCAUCCCAGGCCUCCCCUAUGGGUGCCUCACCGGCCACCCCGGGAACACCCAACUCCACCCCUCAGAGGAAGGGCCAACGACAGCAGCCCUCGUUCACCGCCAUGGCCGCCAAUGCUGCCGCGGCCAUCCAUGACGCGAGGAAAGAAGCGGCCGGAGCCGGCGGUUCAUUGAGGAGAUAUAAGGACAUGACGCCGACCCAUAAGCAAGGGUCCACCAACCACCAUGCAAUCUCCCCCUCCCCCCUCCAUGGCAGCCCCCACCCUGGGGCGCAUCAUACAGGGAUGGGAACCCUCUAUCCCAGCACGCACCACUCCUAUCACCACUACUCUCCGACCACCUCAACGACCCAUGACUACCAACACAGAGUCUUGCCAAGAGGUGAUUCUGGUGACCAUCCAGAGGGUCCAAGAACUACCGGGGCUAGUAGCCCCUUACCGCCUACAGCCAUGGCCCCUUCCCCUAAUACAACCUCAGCCUCGGCCAGCCCUAUGGUCAACAGGACUGGUCAGCAUGACCUUAGGAGAGCAAUGAGCCCAAGACAACAGACAAAUGUAGCUCAUGCAUCAGACUCGGAUCAAGGAAGUGCAGGUGAAGAUGGUGGUCCCCAUUCACUUCCUAGUUCACGGAGGUCAUCUAUCUGCCUGAGUGAAGCAUUGAUAGAAGAACAAGCGCUAAUGGGAGAUAACAUUGAAGAUACUAAGAAGUUACUACAAAGUUUACAGGAGCUGCUUCUAAACGGUAAAAUAGCUGAAGAAGAUGGAAGUUCGGAAGCAGAGGAAGAUCAGAUGCAGUUUCAAGGAACAACAGCCAAAGAACAAGUGGUUGUGCUGCAAGCAAGAUUAAACCAGCAGCAGUACGAGUGCAAUCAACUACGAAAUGAAUUAUCCAAAGUCAAGCAAGAUUGUCGCAAUCUGCAAGGUACCAAGGCAGGCCUACAGUCAAGGUUGACGGAACAAGACAAUGCCAUCCUGCAAAUGAAGGCUGAUCUGUUGAAGAUGGGGUUCGCCCAACAGAACCUUGAGGCCGAGAACGCGGAGUUGAAGAGAACUUUAGAAGAGAAAGACAGACAAGUGAACGAUAUCAGUCGACAGCUUGGCCAGAAAGAUAAGCUUCUCGGCCAGCAGCAAGAACAGAUUGAAAGUUUGACGCAACAAAUGCUUCAUCUCAACUCAUUCAAGACUCAGUUGCAGAACAGACUUGAAGAAUCAGGGGGCUCUAACAUGGAACUUGAGUCACAAAUACAUGAGCUUAGCCAGAGACUGAGUACAGUUGGAAUAGCUGAGGCGAACUUAGCAGCGCACAUAUCAGCACACGACAGAAAAUUAGGCAAACUAGAAGGUCACCUUCACACUCCGGACAGACCAUCCUCACUUGGAGAGGGUUCUGAGGAUGUCCAAACCAUUCGCAGUACUCUAAGAAGUCUUCGUAGUAAUAUCAGUAGCCACGACCCUAGCCAUCACCUAUUAGAUUCUUUAGAACAGGGUAUUGUAUCUAUCAUGGAUCAGCUUCAAGACUCACAUUAUAACAACUCUCGGCCAAUCAGUGAGUCUAGCUCGACGGAGAGCGCCAUCAGGAGGUACAACCAGACCAGGUCAUCUCCGUCUGAGGACACUCUGAGUGACCAUAAAGAAUCACUUACAAGCUUAGACAGACUGAGUCCUGCAAAUAAUAACUUGUCCCAGCCAUGUACCAAGGUUUUAUAUUUCACUGAAAGAACUGUCACACCAUUCAUGUCGUCGAUACCAAAGAGAUUAGGAGAAGUGACCCUUGGUGACUUCAAGCAGAUCUUUGAUCGAGAUGGGGCAUACAGAUUUCACUUUAAGGCGUUAGAUCCGGAGUUUGGAACGGUCAAAGAAGAGGUGAUCAAUGAUGAUGACAUACUCCCUGGCUGGGAAGGCAAAAUUGUAGGCUGGGUAGAUGAAGACACAGGCUGAUGCAGAGGGAUUGGCUCCACUACGCAGAAUAGCUAGUUCAUGUUAAAUACCCUCCCAUUUGAAACCAUGAUUGUAUAAGGAUUAUUUAAAAUCCAUCGCCACCUCACAGCUCAUGAGUGGUAUGUGACCCGAUGUGGCAAUGAAAUACAACCUUUGAUGUGAACUUAGAUUCGUGGAACACACUACUGUCUGAAUCAACGUAAUAUGUGUAUAAACCUUGAAAUUUGUAACUAAUAAAACCUGUAAUGGUAAUCCUCUCUAUAGGUAUAACAGAGCUGCCAAGUAGUAAAGAUUUUCCGUAUUUAGUACUGAAAAAUGAGAAGAAUCGGAUGGCUUCAUGCAAAAUACUGAUUUCUAAAGUGUUAGUUUUAUGUGUUUUCAUAUGGUUUUUCUUCGAAAAUACUGAUUUUCAGCUUUAAAGAUAAUGAAAUGUUCUUGUUCAGGUUGGCAGCUCUUUAAAACUAUAAUCACAAUCCUAUUUUUUUGGGGGGGGGGCAAGAUGAUCUAUAGGCUGCUGUACAAAUAUACGAAAUAGGGGAGGAGGAGGGCUUGUAUCCCGUAUCCCACUAUUCCCUACCCCCAUCGCUGCCAUGACUAAUCAUCGUCAAAUGCUAUGUUGACAAUAUGACUUUUUGUAUUUAGUAACUGAAAUGUCUACCAUAUUGGGAUAGUUCAUCAUUGUAAACUUUGCACAUCUUAUAUCGCAUCUGGAUGUUUAUGCACUGCAAUUCACACAAUGGCUGUUUACCAUACUGGAAGUUGAUUUGUCUUCUUGGAUAGUAUAACCAAUGCCCAUGGUCAACUCGAUUUCUCUAUAGAUCCGCCGAAAAAUAUUUUCGAUUUCAUUGGAAAUGGUGGUGACGAUUCUGGUGAUGUUCUUCCAUGUGAUUAGAUUUAGGAUGAAAAGGAACUAGUACUGACUGAUCCAUUAUUUCUUUGAGAAAUUUCUUUAAUUUGGGAUAGUAUUAACUAUGCCCAAAGUCAACUCGAUUUCUCUAUAGAUCCCCCGAAAAAAAUGUUUGAUUUCAUUGGAAAUGGUGGUGACGAUUCUGGUGAUGUUCUUCCAUGUCAUGAUUUAGGAUGAAUAUGAACUAGUUAUGACUGAGCCAUUAUUUCUUCAAGAAAUUUCUUUAAUUUCCAUGGUCAUUCAGUGAUUUUUUUUUUGUGGGGGGGUCCAUUAUCAUGUGUGCAUACAAGUAAGGUGUUUUCUUCCUGGGGUUCAGGGGGAAAUUUCAUGAAACAAUACGCAGUUGUUUUCACUAAUUAUUGUUAUAAGCUACUGCAAAUCCAUGCCCCUGAUUAGCUCAGAGUAGAUACAUCAGUGAAAGACAACUGAUCAAAUUUUUAAUCAAAUUCUUGAAUGAUAUUCUCAUCUUCCAUCUGAUUUUUGUAAUGCUACAGUCACACCGACAAAACCAGCUCUAGACCCACAAAAGCUGUAACUUUGUUACCAAUGGCAUACCAUAGAUCGGUUUAUUACCAAUGGCACUCCAUAGAUUGCUUUGGAGAUGGUUUCUUGAUGUGACUGAGGCAUAAAGUGAUAGGACUUCAGUCACAAUUGAAGUAUUGCAUUAUGUUUACAAAUAUUCUAACUUUUUUACCCUCUUUAAAGUAUUUCACGCCGAUUUCAUGCAACUACUCAGAGAAAAAAGAAUAAACGGAGGCUUGGGGCGAUUUAAUCCCAGAAUUGCUCAAAAGAGCCCGGGAAAAUCCCAAUUCAUUUGCCAUAUUAAAGCUAACCCAAAAUGUUGGAAAUUUCAUCAAAAUUUGAAAUAACUGUGUACCUGAAUUUCAAAGCUCUGCAAUAUUUGGUGAAAAUAGUUGUAUACACAUGGUCAUGCAUAUUCAUUAGGUGGGCUGAUGAUGUCACAUCCAUUUUUAGCCUGGAGUACCCCUGUAAUCAGAUUCUAAAAAUAUUUUGUUUCCCUGAGCUUGGGGGGGGGGGGGGAUAAUAUGGAUAACACUAUUCUACAUUUUCUUCUAAGGCAUAAUGCACCUGUCAAGUUGUUUUUCAAUCAGGAGUGCUCAGUAAUAUCUAACCUGCAGUUUGCAAUGCAGUCCUUUCUGUAUGCUUUAUUCAUCUUGUGCUCUUUUAUGAAUUGGUAAUUAUACCAUAUGCAUGCAUUUGGACAGUAUUAUAUUUAUUUGUUUUGUACUAAAAUUAGUUUUGGGAAUGGGAUAAUGGUGAUGGAAGAUUCCCCAGUCCAAUGCUGUAGUAUCGAUUUUAAGAACUCUAAGUCACAUGUAUCUGGUUCUUUCGGUUUGAGAUAGGGGAGUCAUAUUGCCAUAUUGUGAGAUAUACAGUAAUCCUUCCAGUGUUUGUAGCUUUCUGUGCAUUUGAAUUUCUUCUGUCAAUUAUUACAUUAUUUAUUAAGUUGUUUCCUGUUUUUCACUUAAGUGACAUGCAUGUUAUUUGUCAUCUAUUGCCAGUCUUCAUGAAUAAUGCUUUCCUGUAAAUUAUUUUUCUUCAAAUAUUCACAAAGAUAUAUGAUCAAUGUACAGCGUUGAAUAUAAUUUUGAGAGAUGUUGAUGAUUAUGUUGAAAACAAAAAUACAAAUAUACAAAUUCAA